GAAGGGCGAAGCCCGUUCAUCUUUAAGGCUGAUGAGGAAUCCAACAAAAAAGGUCGCCCGAACAUUGAUGAUAUUAGUGAUACUGAGGCUGCCAGUGACUUCACAAUUCGUGACACCCUAUCCCGCAGCUGUUCUAGUUUAGAAGAAGAACAGGAGAAGUCAUUGGCAGAACUCAGGGCUUUAGCUAUGGCUGAUGCAUCCGGUUUCAACCCCGAGCAAGACGACACCUUGCCUAUGGAUUCCCAACCAGUGGAGGAUGAUGCUGGCUUUCAUUCCAAGGAGCCUGCUGCUUGUGAGGUCGUCGACGUGGACGGUGACCAGCCGGACUCCGCAGCAGCUGGCCCUGCGGGUCCUCAGCCGGAUGCCGUGAUGGCUUUGCUCCAGCUGGUGAAGGCCAAGAUCAGCACGCAUGAGCAGUCCCGUGGUUCCACUGAGCCUACACCUGCUACAGCAUCAGUUCCAUCCAAAGACUCCAAAGAGCUUGUGCCCGAACAACUGGAUGCCCUCGCACCAGCUGCAACCCCCA